GCCGAACAGCAAUCCGUCGAAGUUAGCAAAAACAAAUUAGGAAAUCGCGUCAUUCGGAAGGGCUGGCUCAGCCUGCAGAAUGUCACCAUCCUCCGUGGCGGAAGCAAGGAGUUCUGGUUCGUGCUGAACACUGAGACCCUGACCUGGUAUAAGGAUGAAGAGGUGGGUUCGUGGUAG